AUGUUGGACCGGACCGACAAGGAAUGGCAAGGCAAAUUGAUGAAAGCCCUCUCCGAGAUGACGUGCCCGACGACGGUGCGGGAAGCUUUGGAAGGCUUGGAGGUGCUUGGCAUCGAUGUGAAGGCAGCCCUUGAGAAGUUGGAGCGCAAGAGAGAGGAGUGGACGCAGAAUGAGAAGCUGGCAGAAAUGGAGCUUGGAGAGGACUUCAUGGAAUUUGCCUUGGGAAUUCAUGCCUACACGCUCAGAGAACCAUCCAUCUAUGCUGCGGUGAACCGCAUCCUCAACUCGGAAGAGAGGAUCGACACGGAAUCUGAGGAAGUGAAUGCAGCCCUCAGAUUCACCAAGUUCAUCGAGGAGGCUUUGAAACAACUUCCCUCUUACGAGCCACAAGAGGGCCAGCCCUAUGUCUACCGCGGCAUCCGGCUUACCUUUCAGGACUUCACAACGCGCUAUGCUGUGGGAUCCGUUUUCCCAUGGUACACCCUCAAAUCGGCAUCCACAGAUCCCAAGGUCAUGAACAAGUUUUGCGGAUCGAAGGGCGGCAGAACGCUGUUCAAAAUCACCGUCAAGUCAGGCGGAUCGAGUUUGAAGGACAUAUCCACGUUCUCAGCAUUUCCUGAAGAGAAGGAAUUACUGGCACCGCCCUUGACCAUGUUCCAAGUCACUGCCUCGAUGCAGCAAGAUGCAGAGAACCACGAGGGGCCACCCUUGGAGACUGCUGACUUGGUGCAGUUAGUUGAAAUCGAUGAGGCUGCAAGGCCGAAAUGCAUCACGGAUGCAAAGACUGAGCACUCAUCGGAGAAAAGGAGGAGCAGUGGCAUGGUCGGAGAUCAGACGCGGGACAAGGAGGAGUGCUUGAAGUCGCUGAAGCUGAAUCGAGAAGAUGCGAAGACUUGGAAAGACUUGGGUGAUUUGGGAGGUGGCCGUGUUGGUGUUUUGGCCUACUCCCCAGCACAAUGCUACCGUGAGUGCUUGAAACGAGAUCCAACGAAUGCAGAGGCUUGGUGCUUGCUUGGUGAGUUGGCUGGCGGCAAAGUGGGGGACGAAGAAUUUUCAGCGGAGGAAUGUUUCAUCAAGUCCUUGUCGCUGGACCCAAAGAAUGCAAAUGCUGCAGCAGCCUGGCAAGGUUUGGGCGACUUAGGCGGAGGUAUCGUGGGGCGCUGCGGUGAACGCAUGGAAUACAAGAAGCAGGAAUGCUACCAGAGAUGCUUAGAGGAAGAUGAAAGGUAUGCCGAGGCCUGGAAAGAAUUGGGCAAGUUGGGUGGUGGCAGGGUUUGCGGCAAAGACUGCACCCAAAGAGAGUGCUUCGAGUACUUUGUGGAGCUGGAUCGAGGCAAUGCUGAAGCUUGGCAGUUACUAGGCUGUGCUGGUGGCUCAGAGGGAGGCAAGCCCCACACAGCAAAGGAUUGCUUUCUGAAGGUGUUGGAGUUGAAUCCAGAGCAUUCAGAUGCUUGGUUAGGUUUGGGCACGCAGGGCGGUGGCCAAGUCGGAGACGAGGUCAAAAGUGUGGAGGACUGCUAUAGAAAGUGCUUAGCGCUGAAUGACAAACAUGCAAAGGCAUGGCACUUACUGGGCAAAACCCUAGAUGAAGGAAAAAGGAACGAGCAGGACAAGAAGAUUGAAUGCUACGGCAAGUCCUUGGCACUGGAUCCUGAAAAUCCAGAGGUUUGGAAGGAGUUUGGUGACUUGGGCGGCGGCGAAGUCGGUGAAGUUUACAGGUACUCCAAGGCAGAGUGCUACUGUGAGUGCUUGAGGCGAAAUCCAAAGGUUGCAGAUGCCUGGUGCAAGCUGGGCCAGUUGGGUGGUGGCAAGGUGGGAGAAGAAGGCUGCUCAGCAAAGGAAUGCUUCGAGAAGUCCUUGUCGCUCGAUCCUAAUCAUGCACUGGCUUGGAAGAUGUUGGGCGACCUGGGGGGAGGCAGGGUGGGAUAUCACUUUGAUGAUGACUUGGGUGCUUUCAAGGACUACAGCAAGCGAGAAUGCUAUCAAAGAUGCCUUGAGGAAGAUGAGAAGUUUGCGGAGGCCUGGUACGAUUUGGGCAACUUAGGUGGUGGUCGGGUAAAUGACAAAGACUGCAGCCAGCAAGAAUGCUAUGAAUAUGCUGCGAAGCUGGGGGGCCUCACUGCUGCUGAAGUUUGGGGCGAAGGCACGCCCCACACAGCAGACCUGUGCGUUGCGACCAGGAUGACUUUGGUUUUGACCUUGUGUUUGAACCCAAAGAAUGCAGAUGCUUGGCUCAAUUUGGGCACUAUGGGCGGUGGCCAGGUGGGAAAAGAAAGCUACAGCCGAGAGGAUUGCUAUCGCAAGUGCUUGGAGUUGAAUGGUGAGAAUGCAAGAGCAUGGCACUUCUUGGGCGAACUAGGUGGGGGGACCAUAGGAGGUGAGUCCUACACUGCAGAGGAAUGCGUGGUGAAGUCUUUGGAGCUGUGGGACGGAAAUGCCAAGGCCUGGUACGCUCUUGCUUCAUUGCGCGGUGGCAGAGUGAAUGGCGAGUUUUUUGGCUGGUUGGAAUGCUACCAGAAGUGCCUCGAGCUGGAUCCCACCUUCGAAGCAGCUUGGCAAGACGCCGGAUAUCAUUUUUGUUUUCUGGGUGUCAACGGCCAGCACUACACAGAGGAGGAGUGCCGUGCGAAGGCCACGGAGCUCCGUGAGGCGAGAGAAAGGCGCGAACGCCGUGUGGCCCUCGUGGAGGAGGAUCCAACGAAGGCAUCUCACUGGGACGACUUGGCUUCUGCGGGUGGUGCUGUGGUGGGAGGCCGGCAGUACUCUGAGGAGGAUUGCCGGAAGAUAGCCAAAGACCUGAGAUUCUUCGAGAAGUCGAACGAAAUGCAGAAGAUUCGUACACCUGUCACUGCCAGGCAGUGCUUGGCCUCGAAACCACCCCGCAGAGUGAGACGAAGCAUGGUGCCCUUCGUGGGCUUCGCCUGGGCUUCUUGGAAGCUCACGCAGCUCACCACGUCUUCAGCAGCGAAGCGCAGCAGCACAGGUGGUGAUGUCCUGCCAGGAGCUCGGCUGCCACCUGCAAUGCCUUUGCUCAGAUCUCCCGCAGGUGGCAUGGCCGGUGGCAUCACUGGGAUGGCAGUUGUUGGUCCAAGUUUGACCUCCAACCUGGCGCGGAUGGCAUGGAGCCGCUAG